CCUCAUGGCCGAGCCCUCCCACUCCCCUCCCCUCCUGGCCCCGCCCCUCCCCUCCCCCUCCUCCUGCGGUAAGAUGGCGGACUGGGUGGAUUCGCUUUUUGACUCUCGAUCCUUCCCGUGCUGUGGGCUCCAGGAGUUCAGCCUUCUUCCUGGCCACAGCAAGUUGACGGAGAGAGUGAAAAAGCGACUCUACUACGGUCGAGACAUGGACUACAACAUGGAUGCUCUGUCCUGUCCUGUUACCGACAUUGCAGUGGAACUGCUUCAGAAAUCAGCACCAAGUCCUAUUCGAAAACUCCGGAAGAAAUAUGCAGCUCACGUGGCUAGGGAAGCCUGUAUCUCGCCUUGUGCAAUGAUGCUUGCUCUCGUCUACAUUGAACGGCUACGACAUCGAAAUCCGGAGUACCUGCAGCAGAUCUCCUCAUCUGAUCUUUUUCUAAUAUCCAUGAUGGUUGCCAGUAAAUACUUGUAUGAUGAAGGAGAAGAGGAAGAGGUGUUUAAUGACGAGUGGGGAGCCGCAGGCAAGCUGGACGUUCAAGUGGUCAACACGUUGGAGAUGAACUUUCUGCGAGCAAUUGAUUGGAACUUGUACGUAAAUACCCAGGAAUUCUUUGAGCUUUUGAGUCGACUGGAGGGAAGAGUUGCUGAGUCGCAAGGACUGAAACGAGGCUGGUUUACGUACACAGACCUGUGUGUAAUACUGGAACAGGCACUGUGGCAACAGGCGUUUACCGAACUCUACCAGCAUGUUAUUAAGGUUGCCUGCAUGAUGGGACUUGUGUAUCUUACCAGCGUCGCAGGAAUUAUUGCUGGAACUGCAGUCCUGCGCCAGGCAGUGUUUUCAAAGGGCCAGAUGUGUGUGAUCGUCCGGAACCAAGAGCCUGUUUUGAGCCAGGGGGUUAUCCUGGACCCAGUGGAAUGCACCAAGGAGGCCAAGACCUUUCUGUCAACACCAUUUGAAGCAGCAGCCAGUAGUUUGGCCCAGUCUGGAGGCUCUCCUUCCAGUCUUCCCUGCUGUAUCUUAGAAGCUGAUGGUAGCAGGGCAAACUCUGGCAUUGGGGUAACUGCACUGUGUCUUUGGGGGACUGUCCUGACUUCACUCACUUACAGUAAUGACCUGAGGACCACUCGAGAGAGGUCUGGAAUCGCAGUGCCCAUUUCUUGUUCAAAGUGUUGUAAGCUGCAGAGUGAGACCAGGUUGGCCGUUAAAUGCCAGUCAUCAAACCAGACAUCUGUCCAGAUCGCUUUUCGUCGCAACCCAUUGGAAGUGUAUGCCUCCCUCCAUUCACACAACGCCUUGUCUCAUGUUGGAUGUGAUGGUUGUACAAAAGAGACUGAGUUAACAGGAAAGCCACCUCACAGCAUUGAGCGACUGAUGGACAUCUUGUGUCUCCCUGGUUCCCGAAGGAUGAACAGAUGCCCUGUGGAAACAGCACUGGCAUUUGACCAGCUUGCGAUGCCAAUCUUACCCAGUUAGGAGAAGCGAAUUUCCAUCGGUCAGAUUUUUUGGAAUCGAUAGUUACAGCUAUGUCAGACUGAAUUGUUUCCUCUUCUUUGCCCCCAUCCCUAUCCAAGUUAAGAACAUUGAAAUGAUCUUAAAUCCAGCCAUGAAAUCAGCAAGACAGACAUUAAAAUCACAACUUAACCUCAGUCAACUACAAAAAUCUGGUGUCCAGAAUUGGCAGCUAUACCUAACCUAAACAAUAGUGAAAUACGCCAUAAAUUCACCAAAUGCCAUCAAGUUUGUGCUUGGUACGCAGCUGGUCUUUUUGUCUUCAAGACAAAAAUUAUAGACACGGGGGCUAAUAUGAGCAAUAAAUCUGAUUUAUAAAAAGA